UUAUUUGCACAGUCAUGCUUUUUUGCACUCUUCGAGAAACAGUGGUGUGAGUCAGAUCGUGCGCGAAAAGCAUUUCAACAUGCAUCAACCGUACGAUCCCUUCAACUUCCUCCCGAAUCAUGGACAGGUCGGAGAUGUUUCGCGUACUCCUCAAGCUGGUGAAAUAAUUAGUCUAAUGACUACUUCAUUGAUUCGAUACGAGGGAUACCUGCUCGGCAUCAAUAGCGAAAUGAUGACGGUCGGCAUGUGCACGGUGCGUUCGUUCGGCACCGAGAAUCGACCAUGUGCCAGCCCCAUUCCACCGCAGAAGGACACCUACGAUUACCUUCUAUUCCGGUGCGACCGCGUCAUGACGAUGUCAGUCAUCCAGGAUUUUACACCGAUUGCUGGUCUUAACCGCACUACUCUUGUUUCUUCGUUUGAUGGCCUGAGAGGUUUCAAUGACGACGCUACCAUUCCUCCGGUGAACCCGGCCGAAAAUAAUUUUCCGCCAUUGUUUACCAACGAGCGCCCAAUGCACGAGCCUUUGUACGACUAUUCAAAGUCCUUCUCUUCUGCGACUCCCUGGAUGCCUAGGGUUACUCCCCAGAUGGCCCAGUGGCAAGGCCCGACGCGGAGAAUACAGUAUCCACAUCAAGUGAAUCCUAGGACCUACCAGUCUAUACCAAGGUGGCAACCACGGGUGUCCCAAGGUCCUCCACCGCGUUGCUCAUACCCACGCGGUUAUGUCAUGCCAAUACCACGAAUGGAGUUCCGAGGACCAAUGAUGAUCACGACACCUCCACCAGAAGCACCGAAUUCAGUUAAUACUUCAUCGUCGAGCAGCAGUAGCUACGACCCAUCCAGUUUCGAAAACAACGGUAAAAUUGUGCCUUUCGAAGCCAAUGAGGAACCAGCCAAUGAAAGCCUGUCCCCAACAUACCCUCAACCUACCUUCCAUAGGGUACUCGGACUUGAUAACCCUAACAAUGUUAGUCAAUCCUUAGCGGUCCAAGCUCAACCCGGUAUGACAGGCCGCGCUAAAUUCCCAAACGCAUCCAUUUUUAGCCCGAUCAGCAAGACCCCGCCGUAUCCUCCAGCGCAUUUCCUGACACCGCCUCCUCAAAGUAUCGAAGAGGGCCCGAUUCGUGGCGACUAUAAUUUUGAACGUGCUCAGCGCAUGUUUGAAGAACUCUGUAAAUACGACGCCUCUCGCGAGGAAGCCACCGCUGAUCAGCAAAUAACUGUCGAUCAGAGUACUCAGGGAAAUAUGUUUGGGGUUCGAGGUAUUAAUAAUGUGGGUGUUAAGCCGAAGGGUUACGACAAGAGACAAUCAUUCUAUGAUGCCAUUUCUUAUGACUCUUCGGAAAUCAAUAAGUUGACUGACACAACAUCGACUAAAUUGAACAAGGAGACUUUUGGUGAUAGAGCUGUUCGUAGACAUUAUAUCAACAAGCGUGGUGGUCACCAAUACUGACACAAAUCUAGUCCAUAAGGUAAAGUGGAUGACACGAUUUUUUAUUCCAUUAAAAUAUUGUUAUAUUUGUUAGUUAGGUUUAGGUUAAGUUCAAACUUGAGCACACAGAGUACAAAUUACUUAGGUCACAAGAUAGGUUAUAUUUAGCUAGGGGGACAUUUUUUGAAGGACAAAAAAAUUACAAAUCAAAACCGAAUAAAUAGUAGCAGAAGUUAAAUAGUUAAGCAAGAAUAUGAUUAUGCGUUAUGUUUUAAGUUUUGUUAUGACUUAGAUUUUAUUAUUGUUAAAAGGCACAACACAAAGUUAUAGUAGGUAAUAGUCCGAAUGUUUAAUAGCAAAUGUUUUUUGUUCUGUUUGUUUUAUGUACUUAUAUGUUUCAUAUUUGUUCCGGUCGUCAAAAUAAAAUACAAAAACAGUUUUGUUUUCAAAUA